CAGAAUGACAGCCCGUCAGAAUUUUGCUGCCAGCCGAAGUUAAGCGCGAUAAUUUCUUCCUGGAUGUUGUGAGACCGCACAUGUUUAUAAGUAUAAUCAGAAACAACUGUUAGGCUGAUAAUGCCAAACUGCUGUCUGCCACUGUCAAAACUCAUAACGUCAGAGAACUCCGAAGACAUCACCAAAUGAUCAGUGUGUGUAACGCGAACCUACAGCCAAAAACAUCAAUUUGUUGAUAUUAACAGUAAUGCGCGAGGUUUAAGUUGGGCAUGAUGCCAACAUCCAAUGCGGGCACAUGAAUAAAGUAGUUCUGCCAAGAAGGGCCGAUCCUGCUGAGCUCAAGGUCAUUUUUCUUAAGUAUGCCAGCAUUAACAAGAAUGAUGAGCACUACAUGUCCCCGGAGGACUUUGUGUCCCGAUUCCUCCACGCACACACAGACACCCGCCUGUCCAGGGAGGCCACUGCUCUGCUGGCGGGGGUGGUGGACCAGACAAAGAAUGGGUUGAUCUCGUUUCCGGAGUUCUUGGCCUUCGAGUCGGUGCUCUGCGCGCCUGACGCCCUCUUCAUGGUCGCUUUCCAGCUGUUUGACAAAACUGGCAAUGGCGUAGCCACUUUUGAGGACGUGAAGCAAGUGUUCAGCCAGACCACCAUCCACCAGCACAUCCCCUUCAACUGGGACUCUGAGUUUGUGCAGUUGCACUUUGGCAAGGACCGGAAGAAGCACCUUAGCUACGGAGAGUUCACCCAGUUCUUGCUGGAGAUGCAGCUGGAGCAUGCCAGACAGGCGUUUGUGCAGCGGGACAAGGCCCGCAGCGGCACUAUCACGGCACUGGACUUCAGGGACAUCAUGAUCACCAUCCGUCCACACAUGCUCACCCCCUUCGUCGAGGAGUGCCUGGUGGCUGUGGCUGGUGGGAGCACGUCUCAUCAGGUCAGCUUCUCCUACUUCAACGGCUUCAACUCGCUGCUCAACAACAUGGAGCUCAUCAAGAAGAUCUACACCACUCUGGCUGGACACCACCGAGACGUGGAGGUCACAAAAGAGGAGUUCAUCAUCGCUGCCCAGAGGUUCGGGCAGGUGACGCCCAUGGAGGUGGACAUCCUGUUCCAGCUGGCCGACUUGGUCGAACCGCGGGGACGUGUCGGAUUGACAGACAUCGACAAGAUUGCGCCCUUGGAGGAAGGGGCCCUGCCAUAUAAUUUAGCAGAAGUCCAGCGGCAGCAGACGGGUGGCAGCUCUCGGACCAUCUUGGUCCAGGUGGCUGAGUCGGCGUACCGCUUCAUGCUGGGCUCCGUGGCCGGAGCGGUGGGCGCCACGGCUGUCUACCCCAUCGACCUGGUGAAGACACGCAUGCAGAACCAGCGCAGCACGGGCUCCUUCGUGGACGAGCUCAUGUACAAGAACAGCUUCGACUGCUUCAAGAAGGUGGUGCGCUACGAGGGCUUCUUCGGCCUCUACCGAGGUUUGCUGCCGCAGCUUCUGGGUGUGGCCCCCGAGAAAGCCAUAAAGCUUACAGUGAAUGACUUUGUCCGUGGGAAGACCAUGCUAAAGGACGGCUCGGUCCCUUUACCUUUUGAGAUCCUGGGAGGAGCAUGUGCUGGAGGAUCCCAGGUGAUCUUCACCAACCCCCUGGAGAUCGUUAAGAUCCGUCUUCAGGUGGCGGGAGAGAUCACCACCGGCCCGCGGGUCAGCGCACUCUCCGUCAUUCGAGACCUCGGCUUUUUUGGCCUCUACAAGGGCGCAAAGGCCUGCUUCCUGCGCGACAUCCCCUUCUCGGCCAUCUACUUCCCGUGCUACGCUCACACCAAAGCGUCGUUCGCCGACGAGGACGGCCGCGUGGGGCCCAGCAGGAUGCUGCUCGCCGGGGCACUGGCGGGCAUGCCUGCCGCAUCCCUGGUGACCCCAGCAGAUGUUAUCAAGACCCGACUACAAGUGGCUGCCCGCGCGGGCCAGACCACUUACAGUGGAGUCAUUGACUGCUUCUGGAAGAUUCUACAUGAAGAGGGCCCUCGUGCCCUCUGGAAAGGAGCCUCAGCUCGAGUGUUCCGAUCCUCACCUCAGUUCGGAGUCACACUGGUGACCUACGAGCUCCUGCAGCGCUGGCUCUACGUCGACUUUGGGGGACAAAAGCCGCCUGGCUUGGAGCCUCCUCCCAAGUCUCGCAUCAGCCUGCCGGCGCCCAAUCCCGACCACAUUGGUGGUUUCAGGUUGGCCGUGGCCACGUUUGCUGGCAUCGAGAGCAAGUUCGGCCUGCAUCUGCCACGCUUCAGCGUGCCCGUCCCCCCGGACUUCUCCUCCUGCGGGCACCCCUAAAGCUCCGCAGGCCUGCCUGUGGGGGGCGCCACUGGGCACUCCAGCCCCCAUAUCAUCGACCCCC